AGUAGGCGCUGGAAAAGUGACAAAAUAGUUUUUUCUCAAAGUGAAAGAGUGUGAUUUCUGGGGUCUCGUGAAUUUUCUCACAAUUCUUCGAAUAAAAUCCUUCAGUGAUUGCCCAAAUGGCAUCUAUUAAGCCCGAGAAACCCCACGAAGACGGCCCAACAGGAAAUUCCCCACAGGGAAGUCGUUCGAGGGGUCCUUUUACAGCGGCGGCAAGAGCACUUGCCGCCACCACUAAAUUCAACGUGGCCGCUUCCCCUUUUGUCAUGAAUCCGGCAAAACUUGAGCCUUCUCCGUGUCACCAGAACCAUGAACACACUCCGAGGGUGGUUCAGAUGCACCCACAGAUUACUCCAGCCUUUCCCCUUGCCGCUUCCUCACCCAUUCCGCCACCCUACCGAAGCAUCCUGGGCAGAGAUUUACGAGCACGCCCGCGAAUCCUUGCUCCUGUUCUUCCCCUAGAACAGGGAGUUGUUAGUUUCUUCCCCCCAGCACCGCCUUCUUCGAUUCGCAACUGGAAUUUCAAUUCUCCAAGAUCUUUUGGAGUCCACUGCCAGCCCGAUGGAACAAUUCUCAUCAGUCUUAGGGAAGGUAUCAGCAUCGAGAUGACUUUAGAUAGAGCUGUGAGAGUUCUCAAUAGUCGCAGUAAGGUUGCUCUUGCCCUUUCUAACACUGGAAACUCUGCAGCCCUAAUUCAUCCCAAUGGAAGGGUUUAUCAGUACGGAUCAAAGGUUGAGAUUGUAGCAUAUGAUGGAAUGAGAAAGAAUAAUUUUGUGCGUUAUGCCAAGAUGUGGCUGAAGGGAGUGAGUUUUACGAGCCAAAAUUGUGCUCUUGUCUACUUGGUGGACAGUGCUGGAACACGAACUACAACAGAUAGUUUCACGGAUAUGUCACAGGAUUUUACUAAAGUUCUCUUCUAUCGAGACACUCGCUACGGGGAAGAAUUUGUAGAAGAGGUCCUUCAAGUUCUUAGAGCUGCUUCCUGGUGGUCCAAUGAGGAUGGAUGUGAUAUGUUUGAUGUAAAUGGCUUUAGGAUUUCCCAAACUCCUGAUGGUCUCGUAAAAGUGACGCGCUCAAAUAAUAAGAGCCUCAUACGUACAAGCCCGGGAAAUGGAUCUGCUACACUCACCACCAACUUUAUGCACUGCACCGCAUCUCUGGGUCAAACAUCACAUCUCUUUGUCAGACGUGGUGACCUUCGCAUGCACUUUGAUGGAUGUCAAUUUGUGGUAAGAAAUGCAGGACAUUCUGCUGGAUUUGAUGACAACAAUCUAUUGAAGGUUUACUAAAUGUUAAAUACAUUUAAUCUAAUCUUUGAUUUUUGUAUUUAUGAAGUGAAAUCCAGUUUUUCUUCUUCAUUUUUUUCUUGAUGUUCUUCUUCUUGACUCAAAUUGUGAAAUUAUUCCGAAAAUUGUUCAUGUAAAUUCAAUAAAAAUAACAAUAUUUUCUUUUA